GCGCGCGUUUCCUCUCAUGGGAGGAGGUGGGGCGGCGGCUCCGGCGUCUGGGAGUGCAGCUCGCUGGGACGCUGCCGGGAGCGAAAACAUGAGCGAGUUCACGGGAGAGUGCGCCCGGCUCCGGCGCUACCAUGAACUCCCGGUGUGGGUGGUGGAGGAUCAUCAGGAGGUUCUGCCCUUUAUAUACCGGGCCAUUGGCUCAAAGCAUCUUCCUGCAAGUAACAUAAGUUUUGUGCAUUUUGAUUCACAUCCAGACCUCCUUAUUCCUGUGAAUAUGCCAGCUGACACUGUAUUUGAUAAGGAAACACUUUUCGGAGAAUUAAGUAUCGAGAAUUGGAUUAUACCUGCAGUUUAUGCUGGCCAUUUUUCCCAUGUAAUAUGGCUUCAUCCCACAUGGGCUCAGCAAAUCAGAGAGGGCAGACAUCAUUUUUUAGUAGGCAAAGACACUUCGACCACAACAAUCAGGGUUACAAGUACAGAUCAUUACUUUCUAAGUGAUGGUCUUUAUGUAACUGAAGACCAGCUAGAGAACCAAAAACCUUUACAAUUGGAUGUAAUUAUGGUGAAACCUUAUAAACUCUGUAACAAUCAAGAAGAAAAUGACGCAGUGUCUUCUGCUAAGAAGCCAAAGCUAGCACUGGAGGACGCAGAGAACACUGCCUCUACUAAUGGUGAAUCUUGUUCAGAAGGACUGGAAAAUGACUCAGUGACACAGAGAAGAGACCAAACUUGUCUACAACCAUCAUGUUCAUGUUCUUCUGAAAGCCAAGAAUGCCACACUUCAGUCAGCACUGGAGAAAUCCUGGAAAUUUUGGAGAAAGGGGAUGCAUUUGUUUUAGAUAUUGACUUAGAUUUUUUUUCAGUCAAGAAUCCCUUCAAAGAAAUGUUCACUCAGGAGGAGUACAAAAUCUUACAAGAGCUGUACCAAUUUAAAAAGCCUGGUACCAACCUGACAGAGGAAGAUUUGGUAGAUUGUGUUGAUACUCGAAUUCAUCAAUUAGAAGAUUUAGAAGCUGCUUUUGCUGAUUUGUGUGAUGGUGAUGAUGAAGAAACUGUACAGAAAUGGGCUUCAAAUCCUGGAAUGGAAUCACUAGUUCCACUGGUACAAAGUUUGAAAAAACGGAUGGAAGCGCCGGACUAUGAAAUGGUUCACCAGGCUGGUCUAACCUGUGAUUAUUCAGAACUUCCUCACCAUAUCAGCACAGAACAAGAAAUUGAAUAUCUUAUUCAAUCUGUGUAUUACGUUCUAAAAAAUUUGCCAAAACCUACUGUAGUGACAAUUGCAAGGUCAAGUCUGGAUGAUUAUUGUCCUUCUGAGCAAGUUGACACCAUUCAAGAAAAAGUCAUCAGUGUGCUACGCUCCCUCUAUGGGCCUCUAGACGUUCACCUGGUGUAUUCAGCAGAGUCCACUUCAUCUUGAAACAUCCCAACGCUAGGCUCCUAUUAACAUCUUGAUGUAGUAACAGGGUUUUCAUUAACUUGUUUACAAAUGAAUCUUCCAGAGAACACUUUGUUUUAAUAUUAACUUUCAUUUAAAAUCUUUCAGGUAUUUUGAAUCUCCAAACAGGUAUCACCAGUUGUUGAAUGAUGGCAAUUUUUUUUUGGCAUCAAGUCUACCCCCAGUUGAUGGAACUGAUGCUCAUCUCUCUUCUGUCCAUCACUGUCGUCUUCACUUUUGUGAGGGUUUUUUUCCUCUUUUCCCCUCUUCCCCUUAGGUUGGUUGUAUUGUAUGAGAUGUAUUCAUUUAUUCAUUCACUCACCCAACUGACAUUUUUUGAGCACGUACAUGUGCCAGACAUAAUUAAGUGCUGGUUAUAUGGUAACAAACAGAAUAGACAAGGCCCCUGCCCUCUUGGUGGACAGCUGAGAAACAAAUUAUGGACUGUGAGACAUGUUAUGAAGGAAAGGAGAACCACAGACCUGUCUUAGGCAUGCUCUUAGUACUCAGGGCGCCCUGGCCUUACAUGAAGGUAACAUUCUCAAAAGCUACUACCAAAGUAAUGAUAAUAAUAAUAAUAAUAAAAAAACUUGCCAGUCCAUGAAAAUGUUCUAGGAAGUCUACCUUUCCAAGACUUAGGAUUGUGCCCCAACUCUUAUGGAAUGCUCUCAGCAUUGUUGGUAUUGAGGGGGUCUAUUUGAGUAAAUUCAACCAAACAAAAAAUAACUUUGCUAAUCAAAAAAACCCUCCAGGGUUUUUUGUUCCUCCAGAUGGUCAGUAUGGGUGUCAAUUAUCAUAUCAAUAGUUCCUAAGUGCCACUUUAUUGGCAGUCUGGGUUGAUAAUUUUUUCAAAUAAACCAGCUUUUUAUGUAAAUAGCAGGGUAAAAAAGUUAAGUCCUUAAUUCUGAUCUACCAUAAAUACCCAAGGACAUAACUGCCUUCCACCAGUCUCUCCAUGAGUAAGAGACCCUACCUAAGUCGCUCUUGAUCAUGGAACUUUCCGUUUACUUAAUUUGCCAAAGUCUUCCUCUCUUCAGUAUUCCUCGUGUUCAGUAAUCAUUUUUAACUACCUCCUUGGUUUCCUUUCCUUUAAAAGGUCGGGUGGCAUUUAAAGAAAAAAAAAAAACAUCCAUCAAGCCUCAUUCCUAAUACAGCAGUCGUUUCCAUUUUUGCAUGUAGCUUUUAAGCCUUGACCACAGGGGUACAGUUGCAUGUAGCUAAAAUUACAGCGUGUUACCUAACUUGAUGGCUAAUACCCAAGGUCACAUUGCUAGUGCCACUCAGUAGGUGGCACCAGAUCCUAUUUUUCCAAUGAUUCUGUUUUCCAGCAAACUUUUCUUGUCAUUAAGUUGAUCUACCAAUGCUAAUAAGUAUAAAUGCUUAUUUCUGUUGUGAAAAGCAAAGCAAACUGAUUCAGCUUUCCAUUUUUGAUAGACCAUUAUGUGCCAAAAAGCUUUAUUUCCCUGUAAAAUCAGAAUGCAAGAUAGUGCUAUUGUUUAUUUUUAAAUUUUGAAAAAAAUGUAUUAGAGUUCUGUAAAUGAUGUUACUUUUAUAAGUAAGUUAUUUUGUCUGCUAAAGUAAAUAAAAAGGUGUGUUUUGAAGUUUUAAAGAUUUAAAACCAAACUGUAGCACUAA